AUGCCUUCCUUCACAAACACCUUUGCUGCUCUGGCCUGUCUAUUGGCGGCCACCAGCGCUGUGCCUACAGCACUACCCCGCGCCAGCAAAUGCCCCUCCAGUGGUAAAGCCAACCACGAGCCCUCAAGUUUAUACAGCAUCUUCCCUGGCUCCCCCGGCAUCGCAAAGAAGUCCACGGGCUUCCACGUCGAAACAUACAACAACGCCUCCCAAGUCGAGCAGCUCCUUGUCUUCACCGACAUCCCCGCCAACGCCAAAGAUUGCUCCGUCGGGUGGGCCCAAGGCGAACGACCCGAGCGUCUCUUUGUCGUCAAGGGCGGCGACGCUUUGACAGAGGUCCGGCAGCUCUCAGGCUUCCCCAACACCAAGUCUGUUACAUACACGGCGGCCAAGGAGUUCGACACUGCCGAGGAGCCGGUCGGUGCUGCCGAUUUUACAAACUGGGACGACCUCCCUGCUCAGGGCCACAUUAUCGGCGGGAUUGAUUGCAAGAGCACCAUUUAUUUGAAGGCUGCUCUCCGAAACCCCGACGGCAACACAAAGGUCUUCCUCGAACAGAACAGCAAGAACGGCCUGUACAUCCAAUACACUUGCUAG